AUGUCACAACUAAUACAUUUCUUAAUCUUAAUCUUGGUUCUUAGUUGGUCUGCUUCAGCCCAGGUUCAAUCGCUUAUCACGCCUGCUGGUAGCGUUUCACUUGGUUCCACUAUCACAAUCACUUGGACAUACACCCAACAAGCGUAUCCGUCUCCAGGUACUUUAAGUGUUAUCAAUAGCACGUCUAAAAACACAACCACAAUUAGCAAUUCCAUAAACCUCAGUACUCAAUCUUACCAAUGGACGGUCAAUGUUCCUGCGGGAACUUAUUACCUUGCUCUCAAUGACGGCUCUGGUGAUAAGUAUUCUGGAACUUUCACAGUCACUGAUGCAGCUAAAGCACCUGCAUCUGCAUCUAGUGCUCCAGCUCCAUAUGAUAGCCCUUCUUCCAGCCCUCCACCAGCUUCAUCCGCAGCUCCUUCUUCCAUAGUUUCAUCCGCGACUUCACCCAGUCCUCCUCCAGUUUCAUCUGCGACUCCUUCGCCAAGUCCUUCUCCAGCCUUAUCCGAGGCUCCUUCACCCAGUCCUCUUCUAGCUUCAUCCGCGGCUCCACCCGGUCCUCCCCCAGCUUCAUCCGCGGUUCCUCCUUCUAGUGCCCCUACCACCCCUCUCGCCCAACCAAAUCCUGUAUCACAACCUCAACCAACUUCUCAAUCUCCGGGACAAUCAUCCUCAUCUAAUGUUGGGAUUUAUAUUGGUAUUGCUAUAGGUGGUAUUGUAAUUGGCUUAAUCUUUGCUUUUAUUGGAUAUCGUGCAUAUAAAAAACAUCAAGAUUCAAAAUAUAUUCCAACGCCUAGCAGCGCUGACCACAAUAUGCUACAUUAA